AGCUAAAAGUCCAUCAUCAGAAACUAGUAUUUUCGGGUGGAGAACCCGAACCGUGGAGGGAGAAGAUCCCUUCCUUGAAUCAAUCAAUCAGAGCUAUCUCAAUCUCAAUGGCGUCGGGAUGGGGGAUAACGGGGAACAAAGGGAGAUGCUACGAUUUCUGGAUGGAUUUCAGCGAAUGUAUGUCUCACUGCAGAGAGCCCAAAGACUGUUCUCUUCUCCGUGAAGAUUACCUCGAGUGCCUCCACCAUUCCAAAGAGUUUCAAAGAAGAAACAGGAUCUACAAGGAGGAGCAGCGUAAACUAAGAGCUGCCUCUCGGAAAGGUGAAGAAGCUGGGGAUGGGACUCAUACACAUCACUAGUCAUCACUCCUCCAAGUUUGCUUCUUCAUCCCCUUCCAGACAAGAAGAAUAAUUGCAAGAUUUAUUAUCUUGUUCAGACCAGAAUCUCAAAAACGCCUUUGUUCUUUUGCAUUUUAUGGAAUGAUGUUCUGCUUUCUUUUUUCAUCUUCAUUUUCUCAACUUUGGAGUUGCAAACAUUAACUUGAGAGACGUAUCUCUAUACUCUUUUCACCUGAAAUUAUGGAGCAUCUGCUCUACUUUUUAUUCAUUUCAACUCUAUCCAACCACAAAACUUCUUUAACUGCUUCAAUUUCGGCAAAGCUAAGUGUCGGUUGAAUCUUAUGUUCAAUAACAAGGGUUCUUGGAAAGCUCACAAUGUACAUUGGAAACCAAGUUAUAGUUACAUCAUAAAACAAGUUUUUAUCCAUCAAAUAAGUCUCCAGUUUUCAUCUUUUUAUACAUAUUGUUCAUACCCCUGGUAGAAUUCUUCCAGGAUGAGGCAAGGCAACUUCUCUCAGAAGUGUCUGUGCCAGAAGCUAGAGAUUGUGCGGUGAAUCGAGGGGACAGGGAAAUGUGGAAACCAAUCUCUCUCCCAUGGAUGAAACUGAUCGCUUUCUGGUUCACGGUGUCCACCUGAUGUGCUCGGUGGUUGUGGUGGAGGAUAAAUGAAGAAGCCAACGUUCUGAUCUGGCAUGUGUGGUGGGGGUAAUCCCCUUCUUGUCA